CGUCACAGUGACCCAGUCGGAGCAGAGGAGUCAGGAAACGAGUCGAGUCGCGUCGCGGCUGCAGGUCGACAACGGAGCUCGCUCGUUCCCGGCGGCGUCAGAAAUAAAAACACGGAGCUCAGCCUCUUUCUUACCUGAGGAAUGAAGGCGGGCUGUCUGGAGCGGACAGCCGCAGCCUGACGAACCGCCGAGAACCAGGCGGGAGUCACCGGGAGCCGUCCCCCCGGGAGGCAGCGGUGGAGCAGUGAAAGGUGGCCGACCUGUCACGGAUGUGGCUGGCGGCGGUGCAGGGCAGGUAGCCCGGCUAGCCGCGCAGCUAGGCGGCGCGCAGCAGGCAGCUAGCUCCGGUAGCUAGCUAGCUACUACACGAACUAAAUCACAAGCCGAUAAUAAGCUCGUCACUGCGGGUUUUCCCCUCUUCCUCUCCCCUUGACGUGGAGCCACCCGCGGGGAAGGUGACACGGGAUGGCUGUCCGGCACAAACUCCCGGCUCGAUUCUCAACUCAUCCAGCGGCGAGCCCCGGGGGGUCGCGGAGGGCGACGCCGGCCGAGCGGACGCGCUGAGCCCGGACACAGGCGAACGGAAGGCACCGACAGAGAGAGGAGUUGUUCUAUUGUUAGUUGACGGUGAAGUUGAGGGGAUGAGGAGGACGGAAAAUAAGAACAAGAGGAAACUCUGUAACAUGGAGCCGCGGGGCAGCGGCGCGGAGGACAAGGACGUGAAGGAGUUUGCGGCUCCGCCCCCUCUCCUCUUCAGGAAGCUGAGCAAUCCAGACCUGUCCCCCGCGGCGACCGCCGCCACGAAGUCCAAACUGCACCGACAGCUCAGUCAGGACGAGAGCCGGGCCCGACGCAGCAGUGUGGCCAUGACUGGGAAGCAGCUGCUGCCUCUGUCCUGCAGUCUGCACGCCGGGGUGAGUCAGCUGACCUGGCAGGGCCCCUGCGGAGGCUUCGGGGGCCCCGGGGCCGUGGGCGGAGCCCCUGCAGGAGGAGGAGCAGAGGUCAACAACCUGGUCCGGAUGAGAAGCCAGACGCUGGGACAGUCGGCUCCGUCGCUCACCGGCCUGAAGGAGCUGAGUCUUCCCAGGAGAGGCAGCUUAAUCUGGUCGCCGGCUCAGCUGCGUUGCCACAGCAACAGCAGCCUCCUCCAGCACCUGCUGUCCCCCACUUCCUUCCAUCCCUCCGCCGCUCAGGCGCCCGUCAUCACCCUCUCUCCCUCCUCCUCCUCCUCUCCCUCCCUCUGCUCUUCAGACGGCCCUUUGUCAGCCCCUGUUCACCAGCGAGGAAACCCCUUCCUCUGGAGCUGUCGGACGAGCAACAGGAAGAGUCUGAUAGUGACGUCCAGCACCUCCCCCACCCUGCCGCGACCACACUCCCCUCUGCAUGGACACACAGGCACCAGCCCACUGGACAGUCCUCGCAACUUCUCCCCCAACACGGCCGCACACUUCUCCUUCAUCCCGGCACGCAGUCACGGACACAGAUCCGACAGGACGGAUGGACGACGCUGGUCUCUGGCCUCUCUGCCGUCCUCGGGAUAUGGCACCAACACUCCCAGCUCCACCGUCUCGUCCUCCUGUUCAUCUCAGGAGAAGCUGCACCAGCUGCCCUUCCAGCCGACGCCCGACGAGCUGCACUUCCUCACCAAGCACUUCAGCUCCGAGAGCAUCACGGACGAGGAGGGGCGCCGCUCGCCCGCCAUGAGACCGCGCUCCCGCAGCCUCAGCCCCGGGCGCUCGCCCAUCUCCUUCGACCAUGAGAUCGUGAUGAUGAACCACGUGUACAAGGAGAGGUUCCCCAAGGCCACGGCCCAGAUGGAGGAGCGUCUGGCCGAGCUGCUCUGCUCCUUCUCGGACCCGGCGAGGGUUUGCCCGCUGGCCGACGGCGUGCUGAGCUUCAUCCACCACCAGCUGACGGAGCUGUCCAGGGACUGUCUGGAGAAGAGCCGCGAGGGCGUCAUCACCUCGCGCUACUUCUACGAGCUGCAGGAGAAUCUGGAGAGGCUGCUGCAAGACGCCCACGAGCGCUCGGAGAGCGUGGAGGUGACCUUCGUCACGCAACUGGUGAGGAAGCUGAUGAUCAUCAUCGCCCGACCUGCUCGUCUGCUCGAGUGUCUGGAGUUCGACCCGGAGGAGUUCUACCACUUGUUGGAAGCAGCUGAGGGUCAUGCCAAGGAAGGACAGGGCAUCAAGUGUGACAUCCCCCGAUACAUCAUCAGCCAGCUGGGCCUCACCCGGGACCCACUGGAGGAAAUGGCCCAGCUGAGCAGCUACGACAGCGGGAACCCGGAGACCCCGGAGACGGACGACUCGGUGGACAACCGAGGAACCCCCGUCCCGGCUGCUCCUCCGCAGACGAAGACCAAACCGCCCCGAGAGGAGGACUUUGAAACCAUCAAGCUCAUCAGUAACGGAGCCUACGGCGCCGUGUUCCUGGUGCGUCACAAGGAGACGCGGCAGCGCUUCGCCAUGAAGAAGAUCAACAAGCAGAACCUGAUCCUGAGGAACCAGAUCCAACAGGCCUUCGUGGAGCGAGACAUCCUGACGUUCGCCGAGAACCCGUUCGUGGUCUCCAUGUUCUGCUCCUUCGAGACCCGGAGGCACCUGUGCAUGGUGAUGGAGUACGUGGAGGGUGGAGACUGCGCCACGCUGCUGAAGAACAUCGGAGCGCUGCCGGUCGACAUGGCUCGGAUGUACUUCGCCGAGACCGUCCUCGCUCUGGAGUAUCUGCACAACUACGGCAUCGUGCACCGAGACCUCAAACCUGACAAUCUCCUCAUCACGUCCAUGGGACACAUCAAACUGACGGACUUCGGCCUCUCGAAGAUCGGCCUGAUGAGUCUGACCACCAACUUGUACGAAGGACACAUCGAGAAGGACACCAGAGAGUUCCUGGACAAGCAGGUGUGUGGGACUCCGGAGUACAUCGCCCCCGAGGUGAUCCUGCGUCAGGGCUACGGGAAGCCGGUGGACUGGUGGGCGAUGGGCGUCAUCCUAUACGAGUUCCUGGUCGGCUGCGCUCCGUUCUUCGGAGACACGCCGGAGGAGCUGUUCGGUCAGGUGAUCAGCGAUGAAAUCAUCUGGCCGGAGGAAGAGGAGGCUCUGCCUCAGGAGGCACAGGACCUCAUCUGCAAACUGCUGAGGCAGAAUCCACUGGAGCGACUGGGCACUGGAAGUGCGUUCGAGGUGAAGCAGCACUUGUUCUUCAAGGAGCUCGACUGGAACAGUCUGCUGAGACAGAAAGCAGAGUUCAUCCCUCAGCUGGAGUCUGAGGACGACACCAGCUACUUCGACACUCGUUCUGAUCGUUAUCACCACGUGGAUUCUGAAGAGGAAGACGACACCAACGACGACGAACACGUGGAGAUGCGACAGUUCUCCUCCUGCUCGCCUCGAUUCAGCAAGGUUUACAGCAGCAUGGAGCGUCUGUCGCUGCACGAGGAGAAACGGACGCCGCCGCCGACCAAGCGCAGCCUCAGCGAGGAGGGAGGAGACCGGAUCGACAGCCUGAGCGGACUCAAGUCCAGAGACCGGUCGUGGCUCGUCGGGUCUCCGGAGAUCCUGCGGAAGCGUCUGUCCGUCUCGGAGUCGUCCCACACGGAGAGCGACUCCAGCCCGCCACUGACGGUCCGGAGGCGCUGCUGCUCCGCCAUCAUCGAGAUGCCUCGCUUCGCCAUCUCGUCUGAGGAGGAGGGAGCUCAGGGGCAAGGUGCGGCAGGAAGUCGUAAGAGUCCCAGCCUGCUGGGGCUGAGCGCGGCGAGGGGCCCGCGCGGCGACGAACUGCCCCUCGCCAUCCCCGAGCUGCCGCUUGAGAGGGAGCUGAAGCUGGACGAGUCCCCCACCACGCCGAGCUCCACCUGCAGUCAGCUGAGCAGGGCCACACUCACACCGGGCAGCUCCGGCGACGUGUGCGAACGCGCGACUGGCGGUACUGGUGUCAACGCCAAAUCCGACAGCGACUCUCCGUCGACUCCUAAAGCCAUCAGCGACCUGGCGGCUCGCCGGGCUCGACACCGGCUGCUCUCCGGAGACGCAGACAAACACGCAGCGCCUCCGAGCUCCCGGCCGCUCAACAAGGUCAUCAAGUCGGCCUCGGCCACGGCGCUGUCGCUGAUGAUCCCGGCAGACCACUACGGAGCGUCUCCGCUGGCCAGCCCCAUGUCGCCGCACUCGCUGUCGUCCAACCCGUCGUCGCGAGACUCGUCGCCCAUCCGCGACCUGUCGCCGGCCGUGAGCUGCGUCAAACCCGCCAUCGUGAUCCACCGGGCGGGGAAGAAGUACGGCUUCACGCUGAGGGCGAUCCGGGUCUACAUGGGUGACUCGGACAUCUACUCUGUGCAUCACAUGGUCUGGCACGUGGAGGACGGGGGUCCGGCCCACGAGGCGGGUCUGAGGGAGGGCGACCUCAUCACCCAGGUGAACGGGGAGCAGGUCCACGGUCUGGUCCACACUGAGGUGGUGGAGCUCAUCCUGAAGAGCGGCGCCAAAGUGUCCAUCUGCGCCACGCCGUUUGAGAACACGUCCAUCAAAGUCGGCCCCGCCCGCAAGACGAGCCACAAGUCCAAGAUGGCGAGACGCAACAAGAAGACCAAGACCAAGGAGGGUCAGGACAGUAAGAAGAGGACGUCUCUGUUCAGGAAGAUCACCAAGCAGGCGUCGCUGCUCCACACGAGUCGUAGCCUCUCGUCCCUGAACCGCUCGCUGUCGUCGGGCGAGAGCGGCCCCGGGUCCCCGACGCACAACCUGUCGCCACGGAGCCCGACGCAGGGCUACAGGUCCACGCCAGACUCCGCCCACUCAGUCGGUGGUAACUCGUCCCAGAGCAGCUCCCCGAGCUCCAGCGUCCCGAACUCGCCGGCGAGCUCGGGCCACAUCAGGCCCAGCUCGCUCCACGGCCUCGCCCCGAAGCUCCAGCGCCAGUACCGCUCGCCCCGGCGCAAGUCCGCCGGCAACAUCCCGCUAUCGCCUCUGGCUCGCACGCCCUCCCCCACGCCCCAGAGCAGCUCGCCGCAGCGCUCGCCCUCCCCGCUGUCCGGCCACGCUCUGGGAGCGCAGGGCGCCACGGGCCAGUCGUUCCCCGUGAAGCUCCACUCGUCCCCGCCGCUUGCGAGGCAGAUCUCCCGACCCAAGAGCGCAGAGUCUCCGCGCUCGCCGCUCCUCAAGCGGGUGCAGUCGGCGGAGAAGCUGGCGUCCUCGCUCUCCAACCCGCCCUCGUGUCCCUCGGGGGCGGCGGCGGCGGCGGGAGCAGCGGGGAGUCGUAAACACAGUCUGGAGAUUCUGCAGCGGGAGCCGAGCCUGCAGAGCCUCCAGGAGUCGGCCAGCGAGGGACUGCUGUCCUCCGCAGGGCGCGGCGUAGAGACGGGCAGCCUGCAGAAACACGCCUCCUCUUCGUCCAGGAAGUUAGGACGCCAGGAGGGAGACGGGUCCCUGGUCCCGGUGUCCGGCCCGCUGGGCCUGGCCCCUGGCAAGAGCAAACUGAAGGACAAGCUGUCGGCCAUCCGGCAGGACCGGGCCGAGCGCCGGGAGUCGCUGCAGAAGCAGGACGCCAUCCACGAGGUGGACUCGUCGGAGGACGAGACGGACGAGGGCUCGGAGGACAGCCAGGACGGACGCCGGGGGGCCACCUUCACCCCUCCGCCCCUCCUGAGGCCCACCACCGUGAGGACGGGGCCCGGAGGAACCCUGCCGUCCCUCUGCCUCUCCCCCUUCACCCACACGGGCCGGCCCACUCCGUCGCACACCAGCCUGCCCUCCGUCACGGAGACCAGGCCCGGGCAGAGCAGCGCCGCCUCGUCCGCGGACGACGGCGUUGUGAGGCGAGAGAAGAAGGUUUUGGAGCAGAGCGCAACCCGCCCCCUUCCCUUCUCCACGCCGGGCAGCGCGUUCAUCUCCGUCUGCAAGGACACGUUCCUCAAACCCGCUCCUCCGCCGGACCCCCGGAGCGCGAGGGCGAAGACGUCAGAGUCUAGAGCUGAAGACCGAACCCUGGUCAGCCCCAGAACCACCGGCCCACCUACGAGCACCACGAGCACCACAAGCACCUCUGACUUUAGAACCACCAGUACGACCAGUGUCACCACAGAUCAGACCACGGAGACCCCCCGCCCCUCCUGCUCGUCCCCGGGCGUCCCCAAGGAGAAGAAGGAGGCCGACAACCGGAGACUAUGUGCGGUGGCCGUUGCCUCAAGUCUGAGCACAACCUCCUCCUCCUCUUCCUCCUCCUCGUCCUCCUCCUCGUCCUCGUCAUCCACCUCCAGCUCCAACUCCACGUCCAGCUCCCCGGUCCCGCCCCCUGACAGCGGCGUGGACAAGGUGGUGUCCCAGCUGGCGAUCGUGGCCACGAGCGUCCUAGGUCCGGUCAAACUCAAAAGCGCUGCGGCUGCGGACGAGAGCGUGAAAGAGCGGAAACCAUCUGGAGGCGUCGUGUCGGACGUCCCGCCGCCCGCAGCCCCUCAGUCGCAGCGAUCGUCCAAACCCUCAACCCAGAAAGACUGCACGGCCCCACGGCUGCCGCCAUCCUGCAAGGACGUCCCAGAAAAACCCACAUCAGGGUCCUCGAGGGAGAACGCCGCCUCCUCAGCAGCUCGUCCCGAACGCAACACGAGCCUCGCCACCGCCGCAGCAUCUGACCCGCAGUGCAAGAGGUCCGAACCCCAGACGGCCACCAACGCCGCGUCCGCCUCAUCGCAACAAGACAAAGCGACCAACAAGAAGACGUAGCAGCAGAACACGGACAACCAGAACAACACGGGACAGAUCACAUGGCGCCGUGCCGAGGUGUCAAAACUAUCACACGACCACGACGACGACGUUGUUUCAUGUCAAGAAGGAAAACGAGCGAGUCGGAGACAGAUGUGGUUCCAUUCCAGCGGUUCUGUUCUUCUUCAUGUUGGUGUGAGUUGUUUUUUCGUGUCCUGACGCUUUUUGGUUUCCUGCUGUCAGACUAAAAAACCAACGAGGAAGUCGACGUUCAUUCUCGUUUCUGUUCGGGACCGGAGAUAAAAGAGCUCGGUGGUCCGUCGCACGACGACACGGUUUCCUCUUCAUCUGCUGCUACUGUCACCUUCAGAUCCCUUCCUCUCCUCCGCCAUGACCGGGAUCAGAUCACGUCCACGUGGCGCCCGGCGUGCGUUCAGCAAACUGUGUUAAACACAUUACAGUGGGUUUAAAAUCUGCACCGUCAACGUUCAGUUAGCAUCAAGAUAACAAACAAAUAACAUUCUCCUGCUGUUGGAUUAGUUCAGAUGAGAUGAGAUUAGAUCAGACCAGAUCAAAUCAGAUCAGAUCAAAUCAGAUUAGAUCAGAUCAAAUCAAAUCAGAUCAGAUUAGAUCAGAUCAGAUCAGAUCAAAUCAGAUU